AUGUCAUCAUCAAGCAACAAUCACGAUAGUGCGAAAAGGACUGUGUAUGUAUCGAAUAUUGCUCCGGUGGUGAAUGAAGAAACAUUGCAAAAGUUUUUUAAUUUUUGUGGAGAGAUUGAAAUGAUGAGGAGCAUCAACUCCUCUUCCGAAACAAAAUAUGAAAUUGUCUUUUUUGAAGAGGCUUCCGCACAAAAAGCAAUGAAACUUAACGGUACACCCAUGGUUGGCUUCAAGUUACAAAUUGUUGGAGCAGCACCUCCUACCACAUUAUCAACAACAACUCCAACCACCACCACUACACAUCAAGGUGUAGCCGCUGGAUUAUUAUUAGAAGCCUCUCAAGAAUCUUCAGCAAAGGCUUUGAAUCCUUUCAUUCAACAAAUUGGAGAUCCCAACGUUGAUAACAAUCUCGUAUAUAGUACUGGUGAUGUAGAAAAGGAUAAGGAAAUUGCACGAACAGUCUAUGUUGGAAAUAUUGAUUCACGAGCGAAUCACAAUGAUUUGGUGGAUAUUUUCAGUGUUUGUGGACCCAUUGCAUAUAUUCGAAUGGCAGGAGAUGGAAAACAUCCAUCGAGAUUUGCAUUUAUUGAAUUCUUGGAUGUUGAAGCAGCAAACAAAGCCAUGGCUUUAUCAGGUCAUCAUUUAUUGGAUCAUGAGAUUAAGGUCAAUCGUUCGAAAAAACCAAUCACGAAACCUGGAGUCAAGAUGACACCUCAGGAAGAAAAGAAGCUUUCGGAUGCCAUUGCAAAUCUCAAAGAUAAAUUGGAACUCUCUGAAAAAGAUCCAGAGCUUUUCAAAAAGACCUAUUUAGAAAAUCAAGAGCACGGUAAAACCAUGCACAAUUACGCUCCAAGAAGACAUCAUUACCAGCCAUACCAUCAACAACAACAACAAUAUCACUAUGGUGGACAUCAUCAAUAUUCCCAUCAUCAUUCAAGCCACAAUUAUUAUAAUAGACCUCAUCAAUCACAGCAGGGAUAUUAUACUUCGAAUAGAUAUUACAAUAAUCAAUCUGGUAGGUACGGAGCAAGCAGUGGUAGUACAUAUUCUGGAGGCUCACGCGAAGACAUACCAAAACAUUCCACAGACAAUAAUGACAAUAGAAGCUCUCAAUCGAACUAUGGUAGUAGUAGCUCAUAUUCCUCACAAAGAGAAUCGUAUGGAGGUAGAAGAUUAGACUCUCAAUAUUCGGAACAAAGAUAA